GUUUAUAGUUAACUUCAUACAUUAUUUAAAAAAAUUGCUAUGGAAAGCAGUGAUGAGUUGGAGAUAAUUGAAGAGGUAUUUACUUGUCCAAACUGCGACAAAACAUUACCAAAAGCAAUUUUGAAAGACCAUAUGAUGACACAUAUGCACAAAGAACCAAGUGUACAAAAUACACGCAAAAAAGUUGAAGAUUUGGUAGAAAAAGUGGAUAACUCUAAAGCAAUCAAAUCCGGGAAAUACUUCAUAUUAAAGAAAAACUUAAGGACCCGCAUGCUUGUUAAUGCGAAGGAUAAAUCACCUGGGAAACCGGCUGGUAUUUCUAAAAAGGAUCCACAAAAUUCAACGCCAGUUCCUGCAGAAGCCAAGGAAAGACCGCAUGUUUGUGCUCAAUGUGGACGAUCUUAUACUUUGAAACGAAAUUUACAAGCGCAUUUGCAAAGUCAUACAGGAAUAAAACCACAUAAAUGUGAAGAAUGUAACAAGGCCUAUUUGUCAAAACGGAAUUUGCAAAUUCAUAUGCGUACACAUACAGGAGAAAAACCGUUUGCUUGUGAUGUAUGUGAAAGAGCAUUCACACGAAAAACCACAUUACAAACACAUAUGCGUACUCACACAGGAGAAAAACCAUAUCCAUGUGAAAUGUGUGGGAAGUGUUUUGUCACGGCAAGUGAUAGAAAAAAACACACGCUUAUUCAUAUCGGUGGAAAACCACAUAUAUGUGAACAAUGUGGAAAAGCUUUUAUGCGAAAAGAUAAUCUACAGACACACAUUCAAACACAUGCUGGGGAAAGAACUUUUGCUUGCGAUUUGUGUGAAAAAUCCUUCAAAACGCCAGGCUAUCUAAAGCAACAUUUAUGGAUUCAUACCGGCAAAAAACCAUUUUCAUGUGAAUUAUGCAAUAAAUCUUUUUCACGUAAAGCAACUUUACAGACACAUAUGCGCACUCACACUGGUGAGAAACCUUACGCAUGUGAUAUGUGUGAAAAGUGUUUCACAACACCAGGAGAUGUGAAAAAACACAUAAGAGUUCACACAGGAGAAAAACCAUAUGCGUGUGAUAUAUGCGGAAAAUGUUACAGAACUGGGCAUGAACUGACAAAUCACAUGCGGGUUCACACAGGAGAAAAACCAUACACAUGCAUAAUAUGUGAAAAAACAUUUGCAAUGGCACGUGAACUUAGACGUCAUAUGCGAGUCCAUAUUGAUGAGAAAUAUUACUGCAAUCUCAAAGAAUUUGGAGAUUAUUUUUCGAAGAAGGAGUCUGCGGAAAACGAACUACUGAACAAAAUAUAACUGAAAAACACUGCUAGUGAAACAUGUAUU